AUGAGAAGAGUCACGCUUUUUGUAAAUGGGACGUCUAGAAAUGGCAAGGUUGUAGCUGUGUACGGGACAUUACCAGACCUGCUCUCAGUAGCAAGCAAUAAGUUAGGAAUCAAAGCCACGUGUUUGUACAAUGGAAAGGGUGGUCUUAUAGAUGACAUCGCCCUGAUUAGGGAUGACGAUGUGCUGUAUGUGUCAGAAGGAGACAGUUUUGUUGAGCCAGAAAAUGAAAUGAAGCCCAUUCUAGAACUACAGGGCUCACAUACUGACUGGAUAACGCUGAAUAUAGGCGGUCGGCUUUUUACUACAACAAGGAGCACUUUGGUCAGCAAGGACCCGGACAGUAUGCUUGCUCACAUGUUCAGAGAGAAAGAUGUGUGGGGAAAUAAACAGGACGAGAAUGGUGCCUACUUAAUCGACCGCAGCCCUGAAUACUUUGAACCCAUUCUCAAUUAUCUGAGGCAUGGGCAGCUCAUUGUCAAUGAAGGCGUCAAUAUUCGAGGUAUAUUGGAGGAGGCUCGCUUUUUUGGAAUAGAGCAACUGGCUGAGCAACUUGAAAUGACUGUUAAGAGCUCACAGCCAGCUGAUGACCACUCGCCCAUUUCCCGAAAGGAGUUUGUUCGCUUUCUUUUGACAACUCCAACUAAGUCCGAGCUCCGCUGUCAGGGUCUUAAUUUUAGCGGGGCUGACUUGUCUCGACUCGAUUUGAGAUACAUAAAUUUCAAGAUGGCCAACCUCAGCCGCUGCAACCUGUCUCACGCUAAUUUGUGUUGCUCGAAUCUUGAAAGAGCAGAUCUUUCAGGAGCUAACCUAGAUGGUGCAAACUUACAAGGAGUGAAGAUGCUUUGUUCCAAUGCUGAAGGAGCUUCUCUCAAAGGAUGUAAUUUUGAAGAUCCAUCUGGACUAAAGGCCAACCUCGAAGGGGCUAACCUGAAAGGUGUGGAAAUGGAGGGAAGCCAGAUGACUGGGAUCAACCUGCGUGUGGCCACUUUGAAAAAUGCCAAGCUGAAGAACUGUAACCUGCGGGGCGCCACAUUAGCAGGGACCGAUCUCGAGAAUUGUGAUCUAUCCGGCUGCGACCUGCAAGAGGCAAACCUCCGCGGCUCCAACGUGAAAGGAGCCAUAUUUGAAGAAAUGCUGACACCGCUGCACAUGUCCCAGAGUGUCUGCAGCCAGCACUGGUCCUUUGGUCUUAAUCCAGGAGGAAAGAGGGAACUGGAUGGUCUCUCACAGACUUUGAGUAAUAUAGUAGACACAUUACAGCAUGUGGACGGCCGCUGCAGUGUGGGGGAGUGUGGAGAACAACUGCCCAAAAAGAACACACUCAAAAGAAUUCUCGGCAGAGUGGCAGACAUGGAUAUUGGCCAUAAGACAUUUGAAAAGUCAUGUAUUUGGUUUCACUGUACAGAAUGA